AUGUGCGACAACGACGAGCAGUGCGCAAUGAAGCCUUCAGCGGCGCUUGUGUGGGUCAUCCGUCUGGCCUUCGUGGCGAAGACAGUGACGCAGCCAUUUAGUGGUGCGCCGAAACCGGAGAGUUUCGGUUUUUCAAGCUACCUGCGACCGGGCGACGAAGCCGUUGCGACAUGCCUACUGAGAAAGACGUCGCCCGAGCAGACGGCGGAGCUGACCUGGGUCCGGGACGGCCGCCCGGUGACAACGUCCGCCGAUCGGCGAGUCGUCAUCGUGAAGGCCUCGCAGAACAGCCUCACCCUCGCCAUCAGGAACGUCCUGGUCGGAGACGUCGGCAACUACAGCUGCGUCGCCGACAGCGAGGCCGGCCGUUUCGAGACCACCGCGUCUCUCGUCCUCCACGCCCUACCCUCAGAGACGACCUCAGUUCCAAAACCGCAAAGUCUCGGCUUCCCGCCCAACCUUGGACUAGGCGAUCUUGCCAUUGUGAGCUGUUUCGUCAAGGGUGGCACGUCGCCUGGGCAGACGCUGGCACUCUGGUGGGACAAGGACGGCCGCGAAAUCGUCCCCGACCACCGCAUCGAAGUGCACACAACUUCGGCGAGCGGAGGCAUCGUGUUGAGCAUCCGGAACUUGCAGCCAGACGACGUCGGCAAUUACACGUGCACAGUUCGGAGCCCCGGAGGAUCUCAAGGAGUCACCGUACCACUCGUGGUCACCGGUGAUGUGCCCUAA